AUGGUGGCUCUUCCAGGACACAGUCUGUCCGGUGUAGUUGCCUCCGUGCUGCUCACCGUGAAGCAGCCAGAUGACUUCAGAGUGACUAGUCCCACCCAUCCUAUCACGGCCAGGGUAGGGGAAGAUGCCCUCCUGACAUGUCAGCUCUUCCCCAGGAGGACAUCAGUACACAUGGAGGUGAAGUGGUACUGCUUGGAGCCCAGCAGAACUGUGUUUGCACACUGGCAUGGAUUUGGAGCGACCGAGAUGCUGAUGGAGGAGUACAGAAGCCGAAUGGAGUUCAUAAAGGAUGACGUUGCUGAGGGAAAGGAGGUGAAGACGUACAACAUUCAACCAUCUGAUAAUGGGCAAUACUGGUGCCAUUUCCAAGAGGGGAACUACUGUGGAGAAGCAAACUUGCUGCUCAAUGUAGCGGGUCUGGGUUCUGAUCCUAACGACAUGGAGGGAAAUGUACAAAGUGGAGUCCAGCUGGUGUGCACUGCAAAAGGCUGGUUCCCAGAGCCCCAUAUUUAUUGGGAAGAGCACAGGGAGAAGCUGCUGACUGUGUCUGAGCAUCACAUCCAAGGUACAGACAGCCUGUUCUAUGUGUAAGCCACUCUUGUUGUCAGGAAUGCCUCUACAGAGAGGGUAUCUUGCUUCAUCCACAGUCCCAUCCUCAGUGAGGAGAAGUGGUCAGACACCCCCGUUCCAGAGAAGCUCCAGACUGAACUAAUUUCCUUAAAAGUUAUUGGACCUCCCCAGCCCAUCAUUGUCAGAGUGGGAGAAGACAUACAAUUAACCUGUUACCUGUCCCCCAAGGCUAAUGCACAGAGCAUGGAAGUGAAGUGGGUCCAAUCCCACCAUUAUCCUGCUGUUUAUUCAUAUGUGAAUGGGAGCCAUUUGGCUGAAGAGCAGAUGAAAGAAUACAGAGGGAGGACAACAUUGGUGAGUGAUGACGAAGAGGGGGGCCUGACCCUGCAGGUGCACAAUGCCAGGACCUCAGGUGAUGGGCAGUACCGGUGUCUGUUUGAAAAAGGUGGUGUUUACCAGGAGGCCAGUUUCGAUCUAAAGAUAGUAGAUCUCGGCUCUUCCCCACUGAUCACCAUGAAGGGACUGCAGGAUGGGACACAGCUGACGUGCACUUUAGAAGGGUGGUUCCCACAGCCACCUGUGCAGUGGAGGGACGUGCAAGGAAAGGCAAUACCCUCAGUUUCAGAGGUCCUGACUCAAGGCAGCCACAGCCUGUUCCAUGUGGAGACAUUCUGUGACAGGAGACCUGUCACAAACAGGUCUGCUGUGAAUGUGACUUGCUUAAUUAGCAACCCCCUUCUUAGUGAGGAGAAUAUGGCAACUUCUUGUCUCUUAGGUUAGUAAUUCACGUGUUCCUCUCAGCUUUGGGAAAUAAAUAUGAAGACAAACCCAGACCUACUCGUUUUAUUGCUCUUCUGUUUCAUAGUUUUAAUUUUCUUCUCUCUGAUGAAGUCUCCUGCUCUCUCUUGCAGAGCCGGUCUUCA